GAUUUCCCUUACAACCAUUCAUUUUUCAAAAUUUCUAUUUUUUUUGGUGCUGAAAAUUCCAUCAAGAAAGAACGAACCUUCCCUCUUGCAACACAGAUGGACUAAAUAGUAUUCCAUUUUCCAAACGCGUCCUCUUGACAAAAGUAAAAUUACAAGCACAAUCCUCUUCUCUCCCCUCCGUUCUUCUGACUCUUUUUCCCGAGAAACAAACAAGUCUUAACAACGAAGAAGUAAAAUCUAGGGCUUCUGCACCUGGAAACCAGCCUCCGAUCCCCGAUUUUCUCUUAAAAUCACCCAUCGGAUGAAAUUAUUCAAACCCUAGGGUUUUUUUUUCCUGACCUCCCCUUUUCAAUUUCGAUUUCGAUUCCGGUUCCGGAAUUUCGAAUUCUAUAUGUGUGAUCGGUCAGAGAAGAGCCACAGAAAUGUAUAGCAAUUUCAAGGAGCAAGCGAUAGAAUACGUGAAGCAAGCCGUACAGGAAGAUAAUGCGGGAAAUUACGCCAAGGCGUUCCCUUUGUACAUGAACGCCUUGGAAUACUUCAAGACCCACUUGAAGUACGAGAAGAACCCUAAGAUCAAGGAAGCCAUAACCCAGAAGUUCACCGAGUACUUGCGCCGCGCCGAGGAGAUUCGUGCUGUGUUGGAUGACGGCGGCCCCGGGCCUGCAUCCAACGGGGAUGCGGCUGUGGCCACCAGGCCCAAGACCAAACCCAAAGACGGGGAGGGCGGCGACGGUGAGGAUCCGGAGCAGGCUAAGCUCCGGGCCGGGCUCAAUUCGGCGAUUAUAAGGGAAAAGCCCAAUGUGAAAUGGAACGAUGUGGCUGGUUUGGAGAGUGCCAAGCAGGCCUUGCAAGAGGCAGUUAUAUUACCCGUCAAAUUCCCGCAGUUCUUUACUGGCAAGAGACGGCCAUGGAGGGCUUUUCUAUUGUAUGGGCCUCCUGGAACUGGGAAGUCAUACUUGGCCAAGGCUGUUGCAACUGAAGCAGACUCUACAUUUUUCAGUAUUUCUUCUUCAGACCUGGUUUCAAAGUGGAUGGGUGAGAGUGAAAAGCUAGUUUCAAACCUUUUCCAAAUGGCUCGUGAUAGUGCCCCAUCCAUCAUCUUCAUCGAUGAGAUAGAUUCAUUAUGUGGGACACGUGGAGAAGGCAAUGAGAGUGAAGCUUCUAGACGAAUUAAGACAGAACUUCUUGUGCAGAUGCAGGGUGUGGGAACGAAUGACCAGAAAGUUCUUGUUCUCGCAGCAACGAAUACUCCCUAUGCACUUGACCAGGCCAUUCGGCGACGUUUCGACAAGCGUAUAUACAUUCCCCUUCCAGAUGCAAAGGCUCGACAGCAUAUGUUCAAAGUGCAUCUAGGAGAUACUCCUAACAACUUAUCAGAAAGUGAUUUUGAAAGCUUAGGUCGCAAAACUGAGGGUUUUUCGGGUUCAGAUGUUGCUGUUUGUGUUAAAGAUGUUCUCUUUGAACCUGUUCGCAAAACCCAAGAUGCCAUGUUCUUUUUCAAGAGUGCUGAUAAUAUGUGGAUACCAUGUGGACCAAAGCAACCCGGUGCUAUCCAAAUCACCAUGCAGGAGCUGGCGGCAAAAGGACUUGCUUCACAGAUCCUUCCACCUCCAAUCACAAAAACAGAUUUUGAUAAGGUGCUUGCUAGACAGAGGCCAACAGUGAGCAAAAGUGACCUUGAUGUCCAUGAGAGAUUCACAAAAGAGUUUGGAGAGGAAGGGUGAUGAAUUUUCUGUAUUUAUAUAUCUCAUUGAUCCACACUUAUCAUCAGUGCAGUGGCCAUGAAUUGUAUUUUAUUUCCUAGUGCUGGAUGGAUCUAAUGAAUUACAUACUCUGAAUUAGUUUCUUCAAUGAGGAAGGUGACAUGACCUCCCUUUUCUGUAUUCAGAUGAAAAUACUGGUGUUUGAACAUCUUGAAUGGCUUGUUUUCAAAUUGUGUAAAGGACAGUUGAAAAAAUAUU